UUGAUCCAUAUAUCAGCUAACAUAGAUUUCAAAUCUUUGAAAAGAAAAGCUUCUGUUUUUUGGUUUGUUAUAAAAAUCUUCUCCUACUAUCAGGGUAUUGUUCUUCCAAAUCCCGAGCAUUAAUGGCGUCUCCGCAGCAACCUACCGCUGGAUCUCCGACUGCCCAAGUGGUCGGGAAUGCUUUCGUUCACCAAUACUACCAUAUCCUUCAUCAAUCACCGGAGCUCGUGUAUCGAUUUUACCAGGAAAGUAGUAAGCUCAGCCGCCCUGAGCCUGACGGAACCAUGAGUUCGAUCACGACCAUGCAAGCUAUCAACGAGAAGAUACUCUCUCUCGAUUAUAGUGAUUGCGUCGCAGAAAUUAAGACAGUAGAGGCCCAGGAAUCAUACGAGGGUGGAGUCAUUGUCCUCGUGACAGGGUAUCUCACAGGGAAGGAUGGUGUGAGGCGUAAUUUCACACAGUCCUUUUUCCUUGCUCCUCAAGACAAAGGCUACUUUGUUUUGAAUGACUUAUUUAGAUAUGUUGAGGAGGUUGAACAUCACGAUGGGAACCAGAGUUUGGCCAACGGUGUAGCCACUCAUCCAACUCCGGAUCAGGAUCCUGCUCCCACACAGUGGGUUGCUGAGCAAACAAUCACAUUGCCGGAUGAAGUUAACAGUGAGAGGGUGAAUAAUUCCACUGAUAAUGAGGAUGGUUCCAUUGUGGAAGAGGAAGCACCUGCAUCCGAGGUUGUUGAUGAGAUUCCAAACAAGGUGGUAGAGUCUAACAUUGCUGCUGUCCAAGAAGAAGUGCCCAAGAAAUCGUAUGCUUCGAUUGUGAAGGUUAUGAAAGAGAGUGGAGGGCCUGUAUCAGUAACUACAUCUUCUCCUGCAAGGCCAGCUCCUUCAAAUCAGGAGCGGUUGGUGGCACCUCCUCCGCCUCCAGCCCUAGCAGCUGAAAUUCCAGUUUGCAGUUUAAAUGCAGUUGAAGUUGGCAAUAAUCAAGAGGGUGAAUCUGAUGGUCGCUCAAUUUACAUCAAGAACCUGCCAAUGAAUGCUACAGCUGCACACCUUGAGGAAGAAUUCAAGAAGUUUGGUCCUAUCAAAAGUGGUGGUGUUCAAGUUAGAAGCAAUAAGCAACAGGGGUUCUGUUUUGGAUUUGUGGAGUUUGAGGUGACAACUGCUGUGCAAAGUGCAAUAGAGGUAUAAGGCAUCACCUUUCUAAUGAGUGACAUUUUCUGAUUCGCU